AUGGAGGCCGAUCAAGUGGUCAACAGAGGACUGAACGAGAUAGUCAGCCGCCGUAUUGGGGCAUUGGUUUCUCGGGGAAAGAACUUUGACUCCAGGCUCGCCGAGAGUAAGCAAGCACUUGAGGCCGCCAACAACGAGCUGCCCGAGGAGAAUAAGGAGCUGUCCAAACAGAAAGAACAAUUGUGUGAGGACAAAGUUAAUCUGACCCAGGAUCUGCUGGAAACUCGGGAGACUUUGAGGAAAGCCAACGAAACCAAGGAGAAGUUCAAGGAAAGCGCCAAGCUCAGCCAUCAAGAAUAUGUUCAGCUUGAGCUUGAUCUAAUCGCUAGCAGGCAGGAGGCGGAGGAGCUUGGAAAACGAGUGCGGGAGCUCAAGGAGGCCGGGGCGAGGGAUUUGAAGAAGUACAAGGAGGCCACUCACCUCUGUUUCUACGAAUUCUAG